ACUUGGAGCGCAUGCGCAGAACUCAAUGUGAUUACAAAAUGUGUUAUAUGAUGGGUUUCCUGAAGUAAAGUCAUUGUAAACUUGUCAUAAAUAUAUUGAUGCAUUGCAGAAAUGUCAGGAGAAGACGAAGAGACAGCGAAGAAGGGUUUCAGGCUGCUUGGGAUUCUAGAUGUCCACAAGGUCCCCUGCUCUAGAGAGGCUGUCCUGCAUGGAGCUGGUGGUGCAGUAGUUGCUGGUCUGCUGCACUUCUUAGCCACCAGUCGUGUGAGGAGGUCUUAUGAUGUUGGGUUUGCAGGUUUCAUGCUCACUACUCUUGGAUCCUGGUUUUACUGCAGGAUGAACAAUGCUAAGACACGAGUGCAGCAGAGAAUAAUCCAGGACGGCAUUAAAAACAAAAUCUUGUAUGAAGGAACUCGUCUUGACCCUGCAAACCAACCCAAAGCAGAGGCACCACCAGGACCCUCUUGACCUGCAGCAGUAAGACUCCUCGGAGGAAAAGAGAGGACACAGUCACAAAACACAGACUUUGAAGCAAAACAAGUAAACUGACAUCAGCUGCACAAAUGACUGAGGGAUAAAAUGUCAGAUUUUAUUUGUCAACUUCUAUAUAAGUUGACUGUACUAUCUGAGGAAUGAUGGCGUAAAUCCUCAGUAAUUCUGCAGACUUCACUCAGAACAGACUCCUUAUUGAUAUAAAAGAUUAACUUCAAUGAUUACAUCAGAACAGAGUUGUUUAUUUGUAUUUUAUUGUGUUGUCGGUUGUUCAUUUUUGCUGUAAUGCUUGAACCACAUGUUAUACUCAAUGUGUGUGGAAGUGAGUAACUAAGUCUUGUCUAAAGGAACAUGUGAUUUCCCUCACUCUCAGACUCUCAGAUUUCAGAUAAAGGAAAUACUAAUGGGUCAGUCACUUGUUUUCCUCUUCUUUACUAUCCAAUACUCUCUGCAAAGGUCAACACAGUAAUGAAUUCAUCUCACAAGUAAAGGUGAUAAUCAUAUCUGCAGUAAUGGUUAACACCUCAUUCCUACUUCUACUCUGCAUCUGUUAAUGUUUCCUACACUUUUUUUUUUUUCUCCAUGAAUUAGAUUGAUUUGUCGCAGGAUUAUGUAAAAGGUACUGCACCAGUUUUCACGGAGCAUAGACCAAGGACAAAACCCUUACAUUCUGGAGUCGAUCCAGACAAAGUGGCAGAUCAGUGGCUGUAAUAGGGGGACGUACUCUGUGCGUUAAACUGAAUGCCCUUCCCGUUUGACUUCAGAGAUGCUUUGUUUAAAAAAUAGUGCUCCGUUGUGCUUUAUAGGGAAGAAAUGUCACCCAGGGCAAAAACCAAGCUCACUGCUUUUAAUCAUUUUCUGACAA